AUGGCUCUGGAAGGAUUAAGGAAAAAAUAUAGAACAAGGCAGGAACUGGUCAAAGCACUCUCUUCUAAAAGACGGUCCAUUCAUUUAAACCCUAAUGAUCACUCAAAUGGAACUGCUAGUUCAGACGCGGAUGUUUUGGCUCAUAUUAAGCAUUUCCUGUCAUUGGCGGCUAAUUCAUUAGAGCAACAUCAGCAGCCAAUUUCAAUUGUCUUCCAAAACAAAAAAAAAAAAGGUGAUGUUAACAAUUCUGAUAUAUAUACAACACUUGACUUCCCUUUGAAUGGCCCACAUCUAUACACUCACCAGUUCAAGUUGAAAAGAUUCUCAAUCCUUUUGAACUUAUUGAAAAUCGUUAUGGAAAAACUACCGCUAGGCAAAAAUACUACAGUGAGGGACAUCUUCUAUUCCAACGUAGAGUUGUUCCAGAGACAGGCAAAUGUUGUUCAAUGGCUAGAUGUUAUACGAUUUAAUUUCAAGCUUUCUCCAAGAAAAUCCUUAAAUAUUAUACCAGCUCAAAAGGGAUUAGUUUAUUCGCCUUUCCCAAUCGACAUUUAUGACAAUAUCUUGACAGGGGAGAAUGAAUCCAAGUUGCAAAAACAAACGGUUUUCCCUGGUAAGCCCUGUCUAAUUCCCUUUUUCCAAGAUGAUGCAAUCAUCAAGUUAGGGACAACAAGCAUGUGUAAUCUUGUAAUAGUGGAAAAAGAGGCCGUCUUCACAAAAUUAGUAAAUAAUUAUCAAAAGUUGAAUACAAAUACCAUGCUAAUUACCGGUAAGGGUUUUCCUGAUUUCUUGACAAGGUUAUUCCUAAAGAAACUAGAACAAAAUUGCUCUAAUUCAAUCUCGAGCUGCUCUAUAUUCACCGAUGCUGACCCUUAUGGGAUUAGUAUAGCUCUAAAUUAUGUUCAUUCGAGCGCAAACAGCGUGUAUAAUUGCACGAUGGCCAAUUAUAAAGGCAUUCAUAUUACCCAAGUCUUAGCACAAAAUAAUGGAGUGCAUAACAAAGCCAUCCAAUUAUUGGGUUUGAAUCAGCGGGACUACUCAUUAGCCAAGAAUUUGAUAGUUUCUCUGACUGCUAACAGCGAGAAUGUUGCAACAUCGCCUUUAAAAAACUUUAUUAUGGAAUGUCAGCGAGAGAUUUUUUUUCAAAAGAAAGCUGAAAUGAACGAAAUCGACGCUAGCAUUUUUCAAUCUCAGUGA